AUGGAUUAUCCUGGCAAAGUUUCACGUCAGAAUUCAACACCUAAAGAUGAUUUUGGAAAUGCUGCUACGACAUCUCCGAGUCUCUCUCGACCAAAUAGUUUGGCUGGCACCAGCGUGGCAGUCCCUGGACCUUUACCUGCUAAUCAUGUAAGCCUUGAUGCUACUACCCCUGGUCCAAACGGAUUUUCUACUCCGCCGUCUAACACGACCAUGAUGAUUGGAAAAUGCAUGUGUUGUAAUAGCAACUUACGAUUUCCAGUUUCCGUCUCUUGUUUUCGAUGCACAGUCUGUCAAACUAUAAAUGAUCUCAAGCCCACGCAACAAAAGGGCGAUCCAGUGACACCUUUAACUCUGGAUCGACUUCGAGCAAUGAUAAACACUUGUCGGAGCAAUAAUAACGGACGAAACAGCACAAACUAUGAUACAUUAGAACAAACCAUACAAAAAUGCUUCUCCAAUUGGUAUUCUUUAAAUGAGAGCUUUAGUAAUGCAAGUUUCGAGCAUAUCACGAUUAUAUCUACGAUACGAAGGUUUUUAAGUUCCGCUAAUUGUCGUUCUGUUACCCUGGAAGACUGUGGCGUUGCUCUAGAUCAAGUGAGAGAUGCAUAUAGAAUAUUAUUGGAGCUGGAUAUUAAAAAGAAAAGAAGAUAUCAAGUUUUUGAUGAUUAUACUCGAAAAUCCUCUACUAUCCCAACACAAUUUUCCACAAGAGUCUCAAUACCACCACAACAUAGUAAAACACAUUCAACGGUCAUAUUUCGGAGGCGAGUAGAUUUAGUAAAUGCUUUCAUCUCCUUUCGGCUAUCAAAACAGCAAAGAGCACAAGCACCAAAUACAGUUUUGUCUCCUGCUUAUGAAACCGAUUGGAGAAUUAGCUCCGCUGCUAGAGUUAUGGCAUUGUUGUUUGCCGCCAAUAAACAAUCAUACAAAAUUCCAUUGUCAGAAUUCUACAAUACUUUGGUAGAUUAUAUUGAUUUAAUAGCAGAUUUCAACACAUGGGAACAAAGAUCAAGCAAGUUUGCAUUUUGUCAAUAUCCGUUUUUAAUAAGUAUGGGUGGAAAAAUCACUAUAAUGGAAUUCGACGCGAAACGGCAGAUGGAAACGAAAGCGAAGGAAGCAUUCUUUACCAUUCUUUUCCAAAAACGAGUUACGGCACCACAUCUUAUUUUAAGAGUUCGUAGAGAUUUUUUAAUUGAAGACUCUUUGAACCAAAUUGCUGCCAAUGAAAUGGAAUUAAAGAAAUCAUUAAGAAUUGAAUUUGUUGGGGAGGAUGGUGUGGAUGCCGGUGGAUUAAGAAAAGAAUGGUUUUUAUUAUUAGUACGGGAAUUGUUCGAUCCACGCUAUGGGAUGUUCACAUGGGACGAGGACUCGAAUCUUUGCUGGUUUAAUCCAGCUAGUUUCGAGACCAGUGAUCAAUACUACCUUGUAGGUGUUGUCAUAGGCUUGGCUAUAUAUAAUUCUACAAUAUUAGAUGUACAUUUCCCAUUGGCUUGCUAUAAAAAACUAUUUAAUUCCCCGGUUGGAUUGGAAGAUUUAAAAGUUUUUCGUCCAGCCUUUGCACGUGGACUAGAAACACUGCUUACAUUUGAGGGUGAUGUAGAAACAACGUUUUGUCGUGAUUUUGUUGGUGAAUAUGAAGCAUUUGGCGAGUUACAACGGAUCCCAUUAGUGCCCGGUGGUGAAAAUAAACCAGUAACGAAUGCUAAUAGGAAAGAUUAUGUAGAUCGAUAUGUUAAUUUCAUUCUAAAUGAUUCAAUUUCGAAACAAUUUGAACCUUUCAAACGAGGGUUCAACCAUGUUUGUGGUGGCAACGCAUUGUCUCUUUUCCAACCGGAAGAAAUUGAAUUGCUAGUACGCGGCAGUGCGGAGCCCUUGGAGAUAGAACAAUUGCGAGCCGUCACUGUGUAUGAAGGUUUUCGUGAGGACGAAGAGAUUAUUAAAAACUUCUGGUCAAUUUUCAAAUCAAUGGAUCCUAUAAUGCAACGAAAAUUGUUGACAUUCGUGACGGGAACCGAUCGAAUUCCAGCAACCGGAUUAGCGAACCUAGCAUUAAAGAUAUCGUGUUUAGGAGAUGACAGUGAAAGAUACCGAUCUCGACAUAAAUUACAAUCAAAACUACAGAGGGCUAUUGAAGAAAGUGAAGGUUUUGGAUUAAAGUAG